CCACUCCUCCAAGCCCUCUCGCCUUUUCCAAUCCACGCUAAAUGGCAAACACAAAUCGAUUCUUCUUGUUCUUCUUUAGAAUCCUUUGCUUUCACAAAACCACGUCAAAAUCUCUUUGGCAGCAUCAGCAACGACGACGAUUGCGUCGAAGUGACCGAGCAUUUCUUCUUGGAGGAUGAGGAAGAGGACAACGAGGCAUCAGUGUGGAAUUGUGGCCUUCGAUUCGUGGUUGGAGAUGAGGAGGUGAUGUUGGAGGAGUGAGAGAGCGGUGGGGAUUUGGCGGAGGUUUAUGAUGUAAAAUCGAGCGAGGAGGAAUUGGUGGAGGAGGAAUUGGCGGUGGAAGAUGAUGAUUUGGUGGGUAAAGCAUUGCAGUAAUGCGCUAAAAUAUCGGCGGAGUUGUAGAGGGAUCUGUACGGCACUGGAUUGACCUCGCGCGAACUGUAUACCUAGGUGGAAACUUCUUCAGUCAGGAUUUUUACUCAGGACGACAUUGAUGCAGUCUGUGCAGCAGUUGCAGAUUCAGAUUUCCAGCCUGUACUUAAGCCAUACCAGCUGGGUGGUGUCACCUUUCUUCUUCUGCUAUACAGGAAGGGCAUUGGAGCCAUAUUAGUAGGUGAGAUGGGUCUCGGGAAGACCAUUCAGUGGAGCCGUGUUGCAAUGGAUGAGGCGCAUGCUUUGAAGGACAAGAACAGCUAUAGGUGGAAAAACCCAGUGUCAGUCGCAGGGAAUGCAUUAGCUGAACUUCUUCCUGGCCUGUGGAAGUGCGGGCAUCGAGUUCUGAUUUUUAGCCAGUGAACUUUGAUGCUAGACAUCCUAGAGUAGACUUUGGAUAUAAUUGGGGUUACAUAUAGAAGACUUGAUGGAAGUACUCAGGUGAUGGACAAACAAAACAUAGUUGACGCUUUCAAUAAUGACACUUCGAAAGCAUGCCUGCUGUCCACCAGAGCUGGAGGUCAGGGAUUGAACUUGACGGGAGCUGAUAAUGUAAUUACCCCAUAUUUGGAUUUCAACCCGCAAAUUGAUCGACAGGUAGAAGAUCAUUGUCAUCGCAUUGGCCAUACUAAACCUGUCACCAUAAACAGAAUGGUGACCAAGGGCACGGUUGAUGAGACUGUUAACGAGAUGGCAAAAUGGAAGCUAGUUUUGGACGCGGCAGUGCUCAACUCUGGUGUGGGGGUAGAUAACGAGGGAGAUGCUUCUUCGCGAAUAACGGGGGAGAUCUUAUCAUCACUUAUGAUGGUAUAGAAAUUCUAAUCGAACCCAGAGAGCCUGGCGCCAUAACAUUUUCCAGCGUGCUCCCUCUUCUGGCGAUGUAUUCAAUCAGUAAAAGGCUCCAGUCCCCAGUCUCCAGCGACCAGGAAUUUUUUGCCCUUCAAUUUUUUUUUUUUAUUUCUCCACAUUUCUAUGAUAUCCAUUGUUGUAUUAGUUAUGCUCGACCUGGGGGGGAAUGAGUUUAUAAUUUAUAUUUUUAAUGGGUGUAAAUAGGCCUUUAAUUCGUACAUCCAAUCAGGUAUCAGUAAGACAUGAUUUGAUCCAAGUUGCUUAUGAAUCACCACGAGCAUCAGUGCCAUACUGAAUUACUGAUU